AUGCUUCCUCGUAUUCACACUCUUUUACAACAGCGGGACGCAGUUUACCAACGAUCGAUGUCGGAGCCCUGCUCGCCAUCGUUGCGUCCCCUGCCACCGAUCAAGUCAGGCUCAUUCACAAGCAACGCUCGUGGCAUAAUCACACUCCCACCUCUGCAAUUGACCCCAUUACAGCCAGCAACUCAGGUGCCAGCCACGCCCAGAAGCAGCGUGAAAAGAACCAAGUCGUGCUACGCAGCACUCGAAAAUUCACCAGCUCCACAGCGUGUGGCAACGCCCAGCUCGCUGGCGAAGACUCCGCAACCAGAUUCUCAAAAGGCGUUUGCCUUCAUCUCGCAUUCCCAGGAAACGUUUCCAUCCAAGGAACCGGCCAUCGACAAUGCGCCGUUAGCAAGACGCAAGAGACGCAGGACGUCCAAGCACGAGCUCGGCAUUCUACAAUCCGAGUUCGAACGGUGUCCCACCCCAGACAAGCAAAAAAGGCUCUACUUAUCGGAGGUGUGCUCCAUGUCAGAAAAAGCGAUCCAGAUCUGGUUCCAAAACAAGCGCCAAAGCGUUAAGAGACACCAAAAGAUCGGAUCUUACGUGGAGGGCAGUGGCCACACGACAGAAGGCGACGACUCUGCUGAAUCUCACUCUCCAAUCGUCGCUAACUCUUUGACGCCCGUAAGUGUCAAGCGUUCCACGCCGUGUGCCCUAUGGAAUCCCAAAACUCCACCUCUUGCGAUUUUGGACACUGGCAGUAUCGCACUGGAUACAGUGGCGCCGACUUCUGAUAUCACGCCGACAAAACAGUCUGGUUACAACACUCAUCAAUCGAAGCGCGGACAGGCGCUGACGUUUCGCUUGAAAACUGACAAUAAGACAUUGACUCCCAUCAAGACGUCGCCCAACAACCGAGUGAACAAGCUAAUCAAUGGCGACUCCAAGCUGUCGCCCACACGCCAGACCAAAGGAGCUUCCCACCGACUUGAUACUGCUCCACUGCGGAGCUUGGACAUAAACGCGAUCAGACAUUGA